CGACGACAAGCUAGUGCACGGCGCUUCUUUUCCACUUGCAAGCUCGUACAGUUCCAUAUAUAUUUUACACAACACAGCCAAAAUGUCUCAGCUCGAAUCGCUAUUCGACGAGUUCAACCAGGAGGAGCAGCAGCAGCAGCAGCAGCAGGUGGUGACCAAGAAGGGGGGCGAGAAGACAUCGGAGGACACACACACCAAGUCGAUGCUCUUCGUGCGCGGGAUUCCCAAGGACGCAACAAACACCGAGCUUGAGGAGCGAUGGGAAGCCACAGAACCGAUGCCCAGCGUGCGAAGGUCAAGAAGAGCGGCAACGGCGCGACGCCCGAGCAGCUGCAGGAUGGUGCGGGUGGUUCGGCCAAUGUCACAUUCGACGACCAUGCCACAGCCCAGCGUGCCAAUGCCCGCCUUAUUGUGCGCGAGCGCGAGCUGGAGCGGUUGUUCUCAGGAAAGUGGAACCGUCCUCACUGUUGAUCUGCCCCGCAAGUUCGUCGGCGGUCCUCUGCGCGGCUUCGCCUUCAUCCAGAUGGCCGAUGUCGAUAGCGCCCAGCGUGCUAUUUCCAAGUGGAACGAGCACGAGCUGCACAACCGCAGUAUCUCGGUCUCGCUGGCUGUGGCCAAGGACAAGUUCAAGGAAAUGGAGGAGAGCGGCGAAAUCGAAAAGCCCGAGUUUGCCGAAGAGCCUGCAAAGAUGGAGGUCGAUGAGGAGGCCAAUGAAGAGGCCGAGGAUGCUGAUGCUGACGAAGAGAAGGAUAUGGACGGCGAGGACAUCAAGGACGAUCUGGUCGAGGAGGGAUGCACGCUGUUCAUUAGGAACCUGUCGUUCGACUCUGACGAGGACUCGCUGUUUGAGCACUUCCGCCAGUUCGGCAAGCUCCGCUACUGCCGCAUCGUCUACGACCACGAGACUGGGCGGUCUCGCGGUACAGCCUUCGUGUGCUUCUGGAACGCUGCUGAUGCUGCAAAGUGCCUCGCGGAGGCCCAGAAGGCCCAGGAGCUGUCGGAGAAGCUCAGCAGCGUACCCUCGGCCACCCUGCCCGACCAGCGCAACAAGUCGGUGCUGCUGCAAGAGGCGCCGGCUUCGCUUGAGGCCACGGCGCAGUUCACGCUUGACGGCCGUGUUCUGUCGAUUGCCAAGGCAGUUGAUCGUGGAACCGCCAACACGCUGACCACCGAGGGCAUCAAGCAGCGCCAGAGCAAGGACAAGCGGAACACAUAUCUGCUCAAGGAAGGAGUCAUCUUCCCCGACACGCCGGCGGCCCAGGCUCUGGCACCGGCGGACCUCGAGCACCACACGCGCCUGUCGGUGCACAACAUCCCGCGCUCGAUCGACGAAAAGGACCUGCGCGCAGCCGCGAUCUCGGCGAUCUCCAAGUUCAAGCACGAGGCCAAGGAGGGCCAGCGCAAGGCGCUGACCAAGGAGGAGAUGGCCGAGGGCUGGGACAAGGUGGCCAAGGUUGUGCAGUCCAAGAUUGUGUGCUCGACCGACCGUGUGGAUAUAAGCACGGGCAAGCCGCGCAGCAAGGGGUAUGGCUUCCUCGAGUUCUCGACGCACGCCCAUGCGCUGGCGUGUCUGCGGUAUCUUAACUUCCGUAACACCAAGCAGGCGUUUGCCAAGCAGCUGGCAGACGGCAAGGUGGCUGAGGGUGACAACAAGUCUCUGCAUCAGAUCUCGCGGCGCUCGCUGCGUGUCAUGUUCUCGAUUGAGAACGCCCAGAUUAUCAAGAAGCGCGAGCUCCGCGCAGGCAAUGACAAGCCUGCCCGGGGCGGUGUGUCGAAGCAGCGUGGUGGAAAGGCUGGGGCUGGCAAGAGCGCUGGCAAGGGUGCUGCUGGUGGGCGGAAGGAUGGCAAGAAGCGCUUCAACAAAAAGUAAAUCCAGCAGGCUCCGUGACUUUAACAAUAUAC